AUAUGAUAAUGUCCCAAAGGAGAAUCCAGCAGCAGUAGCAGAUGUAUUGGCCUCCACUAGCAGUUCCUACUCACAUACAGCAGAUACAUUAGCCUCUGCCAGCAGCUCCCACUCCUCAGAUGCUGCAGAGCUUCACCUCAAACCAUAUAGCACUCUGGACACCCUGAGACAGGGAAGAAACUGCCAAACCUGUGCCCAUAUCCCGGACCCUGGCCACUGGUCUGUGUUGCCACCCUCUAUCCCCUUGGAGAGUGGAGAGUGUGUUUACACCAUAGAUACCGCAGGGAGUUAUGAGUGCUCAGAAUCGGGUCUGCGCUGGUCAUGUGCUGGUCCAGUUACCUUACAGUGCCGCAUCAGCAAGGAGGAACUGUUUUGGACUCAGUUGGAGAUGUUACGGUAUCGACCUGCAGGCCCUCUGCUGGAAAUCAAGCUUCUGUCAGGAAAGUUGGAGGAGGUCUACCUGCCCCACUCCCUCUGUCUAGGUGGUUCUGACCCAGCUGUGUUGGGAGAUGCAGUCCGGGCCCUGCAUGGUAAUGACAGCAGCGUUUCCUUGGAGAUGUGUGAGCUGAGCCGUUUCCAUGCAAGACUCUUGGUGAAGCAGUUCUCCCUGAGGGAAAUUGUGUGGAACAUGGGCAUCCCGGUGAAGACACACUGCGAUGUGCUGAUCCAUGAAUACUGUCCCCAGCCGCUGGUCCUGAACACCUUCUUGCUACCCUCGCCCUCCUCUGUCAAAGAGGCGGUGCAGAAGAGUUUGGGGGGCAGUGCCAUUGUCAAGUCGCCCCCAAACAAAUCCCUAUGGAUCGACUCCACAGUCAAGCUGUCUGCCUCCCCAGAGACUGAGAUCACACCCUCAGAGGUGCUCAUCUCCUAUAGGAAUCCCCCAACCUUCUUUGAGAUGUGCCUAAAGAACCCCUCGCAGGACUACAAGAUGAAGAUGAAGACUCCGGAGGAUUGUACUGUUUGGGAAGCGGUGCUGAGGCAGGGGGCCGACUACCACAGGACACAACAAUGUGCUGACACACCACACAUCCCUGGGUCACACACAGAACUUCAGUCUUGGCAGGUGACGGCUAGGACACCAAUGUCAGAUGUGACGGAAGAGCAGCUGAUGAAGCUGGCCAAGCUCAUGGGCGGGGAGUGGAAGCAGGUGGGCAUCGGCUACCUUGGAGUGUCCAAGCAAGAACUGGACAAAAUCCAGGCCUCAGAGGACGACAGCACCAUGCAGCGCUUCUGCAUGCUGGACCUGUGGAGGAUGAAGAACAAGGGCAAGGCUGGACUCAGGGAGCUGCGCAACUGUCUGGAUGAGGACGAUGUGCCCAACACUGUCAGAGACUGCCUGGAAGAAAUGUUGAUGAACAACUCAGAACUGUUGACAGAAGCAGAUCCAGCUUUCAGGAGCAUUGGACCAAACAGCAAGGACCAAAGCUGCUUUGGCUAG